AUGCCUCCAAGACACCAAACUCUCCCUCCCGCGCAGACAACCUCCGCGAAAGAGGCCCAAAAGUCCUUCUACUGCACCCUCUGCUCCAAGGGCUACUCCCGCAUGAACGACUAUGAAGCCCACCUCAGCAGCUAUGACCACAGCCACAAGCAGCGGCUCAAGGACAUGAAGGCCAUGGUGCGCGAUCCCAACGCCGGCGCAAAGGCGAGGAAGGCCGAGGCCAAGGCGGACGGCAUCGUCAGCAUCAAGCUCAGCGACCAGGAUGCGCCUUCAUCUGGCGGUGGAGGCGGCGGCUUCAAGAAGGGCGGCUUCAAGAAGACUGGCUUCAAGAGCGCUUUUGCGCCGGCAGACGCAUCGACAUCAGCACCCGCAUCGCAGCCACCGUCGACAGACUCGGCUCGUAAACAAGCGAAUACCGCCGCUGGUGCUCCCAGGGAUCAAGGAAAACCUGGCUUGUCUUCUUCGCGUAUCCACAAGAGCUCCCUCGUGGAGAGCGAUACGGAAGAUGAAGGAUAUGAAGUCUACGAUCCCCGAUUUCCCACCGAUUGA